UCGAUUGUCACCCGCGCGUUGACAUUUCACGAUUUGAGAAAAGUUUUGGGUGGUUAUUAUUUUCAAACUCAGGUGUUAUUAGAAAUGCAUUAGUUGAAUAAUGCAUAGUGACACCCGGAAUUAAUAAACACAACAUAACCUUUUUUUUUACCCGAGUCGGCACUUUCCUAGAUUCCUCUACUGUGAUAGUUUGCCAUGUCUGAUCCGCUGCAAACGCUGCAAAAAUCGUUUGCCGACGUGCUUAAAGACUUAAUGUCUAUGUCUGCAUCGGUUAUAAGAAAGUCAAAUACGUACCUAAACGAUGCCGAGUUGUUGCGCCAGGAGACAGUUUCCUCCAUAUCUACCAACAUACAAAUCCUUUUAGAUCGCGUCAAUACCAAUGUAAGUGCGUUUAAAAAUACGUUUGAUACUGCCAUUAGUGAUUAUGAAAAAAGUGCUUCUCUUAACGAACGUCCCAAAGAUGUAGUUAGUCCUACGGAAAAAGCGAAUUUUAGUUUAGAAGAGAGUGCAGCUGCUGCAGAGACUGAUGUAGAUUUAACGCCGGAUGAAGCGGUCGUAGAUGUAGAGCAAGCCGAGCCCCCCAAAAGUGACAAAAAUAGCAAGCAAGGGUCCAGCGCGACUGUUGAAAAAAACGGCGAUGCGGAAAGUGGAAGUGAUACCGAUAGUGAGAAGAGCGUUCGAAAUUUUGAUGUUCCGGUCACCAAUGGCUCUGUUGGCGGUCUUUCAGAUGGGGAUGAAUCAGGCGACGAAUUUACUAAAGCGUUGGAUGCGUUGGACAAACAAGAUGACAAAACUGAAGAGCCAACGAAAGAGAGAGUUAAUGGAGAGUCUCAAAGUUUUGAUUUCGACGAUAUAGAUGAUGAUUUAAUUGCCGCUGAGUUAGAUAAAUUUGAAAAGAACAAAGAAAUGCCUUCAGAUGCUAGAGAACAAGUUCAAAAGGACAAUCACGAGCUUCUAGACUUACUAAAUAAAGCUAUUGGCGAAGGUCCAGUGACUGAGAAGGAGAGCGAUGAAGCGUUGAGAAUCCUCGAAAACGAAAUUUCGUUAUCGAGUUUAACGGAUUCAGACGAGUCCAUGAAGUCAGACAACGAUUCAAGCGACGACGGAAGCGCCAGGGAGUCAGACAACGAUUCAAGCGAUGACUGGAAACCCGAAACGUCGUGGAAAGAGCGGGAUUCAGAAAGCGAAAAAAGUCGUUCAGACUCUGAAAGCUCAACAGAAGAAGAAGAACCGCAAUUUCGACUCAAAACGUUCGACAUUAAGUUGGACAAGCGGUUGGAUGAUAUGGACGACGACGAAAUAGCAAAUUUGUGCAAUACGCACACCAUCAACAAACGUCGCUGCGUCAAAGAAAUCCACAAAAUUAAAAGAAAAAAGCGGAAGCGAAUCAGAGUUAUUAGUAGCUCGUCGUCGUCGACAUCGUCCGAUAGCGUAACUCCAGACCUCGCACUAGAUCAAGAUCAAAAUCUAGAUUUACAGUUAGAUUUAGAAAUCGAUCGUCCUCCAUCUGUACCGAACGAAGCGCUUCCAGACGUUACCGCUUUAGCAGACGAACUAGUCGAUCUCCUAGACGACGAAGACGACGACGACGACAUAGACAUAGACUCGGACAUUUCAGACACCAGUUCGGAUCUAGAAUCUAAAAAUAAAGACGACGAAGAAAAACCAAAAAAUGAAGAACCGGAAAUUCAGGAAAUCAAGAGCGACGACGAAGUCAAGCAGGUCGUGGAAGUGGAGCGACCCGAAAAGAAGAAGGGUAGUUGGAGGAACGAGAUUUUCUUCGAUACGAGCUCGGAAAGCGAAGACGAGGACGAGCCCGUGGUGGUGCUCAACGACCCGCUAGAGAGAGCCGACGAGGAUGAGGACGAAGAUAAGAAAGAGAAGUUGCAGAUUAAGAUCAAGACGGACGGGGAGGCGGUCGUGAUUACGGAUUCGGAAGGCUCGAAUUCUGACAGCGAUGAUGUCACUUUUGUCGAUGAAGUGACCAGUGACGAGAAUGCGGGUCGAGGAAGGAGAAACAUCAGAGCGAUUCUGAGCGACGACGAACUAAACGAGUUGACGCAGAAAGCGAAGUACGAGGAAGACGAGAGGAUUCAGAGGAUAGAAGAACACUCAAAAGCUAUCGACUCCAUUCAGUCGCAACGCGAAGACUUCGUCUUAGACGUGGACGUCCAAACCGGUAACCCAUUAAUAACCGUGGAUUACCACCUAACCAACAUGUUAAAACCCCACCAAAAAGACGGCGUUAAAUUUAUGUGGCAAGCCUGCUACGAGAGCGUCGACAUCUUAAAGAGUAAACCCGGUACUGGUUGCAUUUUAGCCCAUUGCAUGGGACUGGGCAAAACCCUUCAAGUUAUCACCUUGAUUCACACUCUUUUCACCCAUGGCAGCCUGACGCAAACCAAGCACGUGUUGAUAACGUGCCCUUUAUCCACGGUUACUAACUGGAAGAACGAAUUCAAGAAGGCUUUCCGGCAGCUGAACGACGAUAGGAUUCGUCGCUACUUUAUAGUCAAGGGUGACGUGGUCGAAAAAAUCCGAACCGUGCGCUGGUGGCGCCAAAAUGGCGGCGUCCUAGUCAUGGGUUAUGAAGCAUUCCAGAGACUGACUAGUGAGAAAUUGUCGCCGCGGGUGACCCCCGAGCAAAGAAAAGCGGUCCUGGAAGCGCUCACUAAUCCAGGGCCGGAUUUAAUCGUGUGUGAUGAGGGGCACCUGCUCAAAAAUAGCAAAACUUUGAGGUUUAAUUCGCUGAUUAAGGUGAAAACGAAACGACGGAUUGUGUUGACGGGGACCCCGUUGCAGAACAACCUCAAAGAAUAUUACGUGAUGGUUGAAUUUGUUAAACCCCACCUCUUGGGUACUAAGGAGGAGUAUAAAAAUCGGUUUGCGACACCCAUCGAGAACGGGCAGUACCAUGAUUCCAGACCUGAAGAUAUUAAAUUGAUGAAGAAGAGGACUCACGUGCUUACUAAGCUUCUAAAAAAGACGAUACAUAGGGUGGAAGCUGCAGUUCUAUCAUCAUACUUACCCGAAAUAGUCGACUAUACGAUUUGUUUAAAACUAACGCCACUACAGAUGGAGAUGUACACUAAGUACAUCAACAUGACCACUGGACAGUCCACAGAACUUGGUAAAAAAUUACUAACAGAUGUGAUGAUGCUCAACUUUAAUAAUCUGCAUCCCUACACGAUCCAGCUUUAUUAUAAUAAACCCAAACACAAGAAGAAGAAACGGAAGCGGACUGAAGAGGGCGCCACCGAAGACGACGAACAAGAAGCCGACGUAAGUCACGUGUCCCAGGAUUGGUUCAAAGUGUCGUUACCCGAAGAUGUUAACAUUAACGUCAAUUAUAGUGCCAAAUUGAAACUAGUUUUUGAUAUUUUGAAUGAGUGUUUACGCGUUAAAGAAAAAGUAUUAAUUUUCGUCCAGUUUUUGGUCGAACUGGACAUAAUUGAGAACUUUUUGAAGUACCACGGUACCGAGAACCAGCAGUCGUGGCGACCCAACGUCGACUACUACAGGAUGGACGGUAAAACCCCGGUCGACGAUCGCGAUACGUUGUGCAGACGAUUUAACACCGACGCGACUGCUAAAUUAUUUAUUCUUACCCAUAGAGUGGGUGGGUUAGGUUUGAAUUUAGUAGGUGCGAAUAGAGUGAUUAUGAUUGGGUCUAACUACAACCCGUCUCUGGACACCCAAAGUAUGUACAGGGUGUAUCGAUUCGGGCAGACGAAGAAGUGCUACGUUUAUAGAUUAUUGUCAAUGGCCACCAUGGAAGAAAAAAUCUACCAAAGGUGCGUCGUCAAGUUACACUUGAGUGGAACCGUAGUAGAUAAGUUGCACUUCGUGCGAAGAUACACAUCAAGUGACCUUCGAGAAUUGUACAAAGUCGACUUUAGCGAAUACACUGUAGACCGACCUAUCCCGAUAGUACCAACCGACAAACUAUUGGCACAACUGGUACAAAACACGUACGACAUCUACCGGUACCACCUCCACAAUUCGUUACUAGAAAAUCGUCCGGAAGAAGAACUCACCGACGAAGAUAAAAAAAUGGCCUGGGACGAAUUCAACAACAUGGAGGAGGCGGCGAAGCCACUACCACAAUUCGCACCCCCAGUAGUAGUAAACCCAAUAUUUCAACUACCAAUUUUCCCCGCACAUAUGUCACCUGCGCACAGAGGGCUUAGGGUGUAUUUGCAUCCGAGAACGAACGGUCCGACUCUGGUGCCAAACCCGAUGAACAACAACGCGCGUGGCUUCCUGCCGAGGGUGUUUCUUCCGAACGGGAGGAAGAGGGCCCCUAGGAACAGUUAUCAGUUGUUGAAGCUGUUGAACGAGAUGGCUGAUGACGUGGAAGUGAAGCGGGAGGACGGGGACGAUUUGGUGAAAAUGUUGGAGGAUAAGCUGGGAUGAAGUGGGUGGAGGUGAGUGGUUUGAAAGAGGUUAAUGUUUGUGGUUGCAGAUGGCGCUGGUGACGCUGGAAGUCAGGGAGGUUCAGACAGAUGAAAAGUCGAGGACGUGUAAAGCAACCUACUCAAAUAUAGAAUUGAGAUAAUUUGCCAUUUUGAGAUUGAAAUAAAGAUGAUAUUUUUGC